AAAUCCCUUUCUCCUUCGUCUUCUUCCUAUGUGGCCGACGCAGAGUCGCAGACCACCCUGACCCGGCCACCCCGCCGCCACGCCGCCGCCUGAUCCAGCGCGCUUCCGCUCCAGAUCACGCCGGCCUGCGCCGCGACGCGGCACCUGCUUCGUCUGUUCCCCGCCGACGCACCUGCUCCGUCUGUCCGCCGCCGCCGCCCGGAGCUCUUGCCGGCGCCUCCUCCCGGAUCUCUGCCACUGACGUUUCCACCGCCUGUACCUCCUACGGAAAACGCCGGAUUUGAGCUUCCGGGGACCGAGGGCUCCGUUAGGUUCUUUCCAGCAGGCCUAGACGUGCAUCUAACCUUGGCUCUGAUACCAUGAAGAGUUUUUAGCCAACGCAACCAAAAGACUGAUCUGAUAAGGUUCACAUUCCUACAUCUUUGGAAAUGCAUCCUCAUCUAACCCUACACAGGCAUCCUAUGUGUGCUGAGAUUAUCGAAGAAUUCCAGAAGUGCCAUCUGGACCACCCGAUCAAAAAAUUCUUUGGUGAGUGCACAGAACUUAAGAUCAAGCUAGAUAAAUGCUUCAGGCAGGAGAAAGCUGUGAAGAGGAAGGCUAACUUUGAAGAGAGCAAGAAAUUUAAAGAACAGCUGCAGGCUUAUAAAAAGGAAAUGGCUGAGAAAGAUAACGAAUCAUAGCUUCGAACAAGAGGACAAGGACCUGAUUUUGAAUGUUUUUUGCCGCAUCCCGGCGGCUUCAACUUAUGAAACAAAAUUUCAUAUUUGUCUUGGCAUCAUGUGUACCUCACAUAUUUUCUGUUAUAAAAGGUAGCAGUCAAUCAAAUAUAGUCUACAACCCUACAUUACAUUUUAUAAGUUUGAAUUCUCUUAUGUGGUUAUGUUGCUCAACUGUUUAAUUCAUUUUCAGCAGCAUGGGAAGCUCUAUAGUAUAUAUGUAGACAACAAGUCUUCAUCUAGGUUGAUUUUGUAUGCAAGAACUUUUGUUCGAAAUCCUGAGAACUGUGAAAAAACCGACAAGUAAAACCAGGCUUUUUAUUUGUACUUCA